UGGCGGUCGUCAGCAGCUUCCACUCUGCCCUCCUCCCCUUCUCCUCGCCUUCGAUCCCUAUUCCUAUCCUUAACCCCGUGAACUGCGAGAAGAGGCGGCGGUGGACGUCUUACUCCACCCGCCUCCAAUGCUCCUCCUGCCCCGAUGAGGCGAAGAGGAUCUCGGAGCAGUCGUCCUGGGAGUCCAAGGAUUCGGAGGGGAAAGACUACCUCUACCGCCUCGGCCAGGAGGCCGACAAUAUGAACAUCGCCGUCGGCGCUCGGCAGGGCGUGAUCGACGACCUCUUCGUCGGGAACUUCCUUGGAAAGGACUCGGAUAUCGUCUUUGAUUACAGGCAGAAGGCAACGAGGUCGUUCGAGUACCUCCAGGGCGAUUACUACAUAGCACCUGCCUUCUUGGAUAAAGUUGCUUGCCACAUUGUGAAGAACUACAUUGCCCAUCUACUCAAUGUUAAGGUUCCUUUAAUACUAGGUAUAUGGGGUGGAAAAGGUCAAGGGAAAACAUUUCAAACCGAACUUAUUUUUCGUGCAAUGGGUAUUGAACCAGUCAUUAUGUCUGCUGGUGAGCUAGAAUCAGAGAGGGCAGGAGAACCAGGCAGGCUCAUACGUGACCGAUACAGAACAGCUUCUCAAGUGAUUCAAAACCAAGGAAAAAUGAGCUGUUUGAUGAUUAAUGACAUUGAUGCUGGGCUGGGGAGAUUUGGAAACACACAAAUGACCGUCAACAACCAAAUAGUUGUUGGAACCCUGAUGAACUUGUCAGAUAAUCCUACCAGAGUAAGCAUUGGACAGAAGUGGAGAGAAUCAGAUGUUGUGCAUAGAGUUCCUAUUAUUGUAACUGGCAAUGAUUUUUCUACACUCUAUGCUCCUUUGAUUCGUGAUGGAAGGAUGGAGAAGUUCUACUGGCAGCCAGACCAUGAAGAUAUAAUUAACAUUGUUCACCAGAUGUAUGCUAAGGAUGGAAUAACCCGUGAUGAAGUUAUAAGAGUCGUAGACACAUUUCCAAACCAAGCAUUGGAUUUUUAUGGGGCACUUAGGUCAAAGACUUAUGAUCAGUCAAUCUUGCAGUGGGUAAAUGAUACCGGUGGAUAUGAAAAACUUGGUGAAAAGCUUCUCAAAGGAAAGAAGGAUGGGCAGCUUUCUACUUUUGUUCCUCCUAAGCAAUCAGUCGAGGCAUUGCUUGAAUCAGGGCAUUCUCUCGUCAAGGAACAGCACUUGAUUACAAAUUCCAGACUCUCAAAGGAGUAUAUGAAGAACAUCGAUGACUAGCACAAUAUCAGAAUAGAUGACACCAGAUAUCUGUUGUUCAAUUUCUGGAGUGUUCUCACGUAUGUUUCUGUAAAUUAUUUUUAUAUCCGAGGCAAGCGAGAAGGCAACUGAUAGGAGGUCAAGACGUAGUUCUUUCGAAUUGGAUGCAAGAAACAGUCCUGAAAGGUAAAAAAGCCACCUGAUGGUAGAAGAUAUCAGGGAACGAAGAGCACUAUAAGAG